UCCCUCAUACCAACUCAAUAAUGACCUCACUUCUUUCUCCCCGGGGCCCAAGAUCCCAACUCCCCGAUGUCCCAAUCCAAUCAUCACAUCCACCCGUCAGCAUUACAUCGACGUCCCGAGUCCAUGGAUAACAAUCCCCUCCACUAGUCUUCAAUCUAGCCUUAUCACGCCACGCGGGGAUAAGAUUCGGGGGGCGUGGUCUAUGUAUAUCACUCUGACGGCAAGGCAUUGGUUCAAAAUGCCCGCCGAAUACGACGCAGGAGAUGUUGUCCGCUACAAGCCUGUUGGCGGUAUGCCCUCCCUCUUUCUUCUUUUCCACAUUCCAGAGGAUGUUGAUGAACGAUACAGGCCCCGAUUCCAAAACCUCCGAAGCAGUGGGCACCAUCCGCGGCGUCGCCACCGAGGACCAGAACAUGACGCACCGGAACGUUCAUGCUUCAGAGGAGCAUCCUAGAUAUGAGAUUGAGAACAACAAGACGCACAAGAGAUCUGCGAUUAGUGAGGCGAAUAUUCUGGGACCGGGGGAGUAAUGGAGUUGAUAGAAUGAUUAGACUAGUUUG